AUGCAUAACAAAUUGAAGCAAAAAAGAGCAAAAGAAUCUGAAUUGAUGAAUCAUUUGAUGCAUAUCCAUGUUGCUAUAGUGGCAGCUUUAACUGGAUGUGUUUCAACCAUUUUACUCAUUUCCGUUUGGAGGUUAUGUCAUCACAAGAAAGACCAAAAGAACUUCAUUGGAUCAAAUAGUUUGAACAAAAGAGAGACUCAUCAUGAAGGAAGCAAUCAAUUUGAUCAAAGAAGGAAGAAAAAAGGAAGAAAAGAUUUGUUUAAUUGGGUUGAUCAUCCAUAUCUAGCUUCUGAUGCUGUUGAAAAUGGAUGGUCAAGAUUUGCUUUCACAAGCUAUAAAAGUGAUUAUAUUUCAUCAAAAAAACCAACCCUUUUAGGAGCUUGUGGAGGUGGUGGUGAGUAUGGAAGAGAAGGAGAAAAUGAGGUUGAGGUAAGUUGGGAAGUGUGUCAAGGUUCAAAUGAAUUCAUGCAGAAGAUAAGACUUAAUUCUGGUUUGAAAAAGUGUUUUUUUCAUCCAAACAAUGCUUUGAUGAACGUUCAUUCUGUUGUUAGGACUUGUUUGCCUCUUCCUGGUCCUAGUUUAGGGAACCAUGUUUUUCCACAAGAGGCUUAUUUUGAGAUUACUAUAUUGUAUUCUUGUGGUGGAGAUGAUUGUGAAGUUGUUGGGAGAAGAGAAGGGGAGAAGACAAAGUUGCUUAUUGAAGAUGGUUUGGAUGAUGAAGGUGAUUUGAAAAGUGUUGAAGAAAUGAAAGAUGAAGGAAAAGAUGGAUCUGUGAUGGUGUCAUUAGGGUUAAGCUCUGGUGGAAGUGUUCCUUUAAGAGUUCCAGGAAGUUACCCUAGAAGCAUAGGGUUCAACUCCAAUGGUUCUGUUUUUCUUGAUGGAAUGAAACUUGUGUUUGAGUCAGACAAAGAGCAAUGGAUAGGAACUGACACAGUAAUUGGUUGUGGAUUUGAUCCAAGAAAAAAGAAAGUUUUCUUCACAUUAAACUCAGAAUUGGUUCAUGUAAUUCACUGUCAAUCAGAGGAAUUCAGCACACCACUCUGUCCAACAAUUGCGGCAAAUAUAGACAUUAUGGUUUUGGUUAAUUUGGGACAAGUGGCAUUCAAAUACGCGCCUGCAAAUGCGCAAAGAACGCCGAAUCCGUGUUUUAUAGCACCACUUGUACAUUCCCCUGGUGCUACGCUUGGAUUUGAUGACAGUAAGGAACUAUUCUCCAUGGGAAGGAUUGAUUCGCCGUGGCAGAAUCGAUCCGCGGCGAAAGGAAAUAACAACGGUGGGAAUAAUAAUAAUGUAGCAUUUGAUUUUGAUGAGGAAUCUGAAGCUGAUUUGUUUGAAAUUGUGUUGGAUGGUUCAGAAAAAUCACCAUACUCAGUGUCCUUGUGA